CAAAUUUUUAUUGCAAAACUUAGCUUUGUUGCGAGUACUACGAUCUCUAAUAGAUUCCUGAGGGUGGAGAACAAUGGACAUCAAAAAGGUUUUUUUAAUUGCAUUUGUAAUUGUGCUAUCACACGAAAAAACAGGAUCGAGCCACAUUCCACUGGUAAGAAGCAUAGGUUCGUCUUUUAAAAGAGAGACAUGCGUUAGUGGAGGAAAUCUGAUAAAGAUUUACACAAACCAAUGUCAAGUUGUAAACGGAAAGAAGCAGUGUCCGGUUUACUGCAAUGGCAGAGGCACUUUCGACCAACAGACAAGAUUUGAGAUCUCGAAGUACAAAAGUAAGAAGUGUAUUCAAUUUGAUGACGGAAGCAUCAGAUAUUCGUUGAAAGUCAUAAAUGGGACGGACGUAAUUUUUGAGGAACAGUCAGCGUGCGAUACAACAACCAGCCACGACUUCUUAUUCAAGGAAGAGAAAAAUACCGCCGGAAGAUUUACAUACAAAUACACCUCGAGUACCAAUCAGGCGUUGUACCUCGGAGUUAGUGCCAACUGCUCUGAUGAAAAUCUAUAUUUUCUUUCCACAACUAAUCAAGACAAACGGUGUUUCAUGGAGAGAUGGUCUUGACUGUAUGUUGAUUUCACAGAGUUCUGAAUUUUUAAAGAGUGGCCAAAUCAAGUGGAUUUAGUUCUUUUGUCAAUGAUAUUAUUGAAUCUUUCGAUGAAUCUAAUUUCUUAAGU